AUGAGAAAAAGUGUUUAACUUGAAAUGAGCAAACCCUUAAAAUAUCCAUCUAAUGAUGUUUCUGUUUGUUGGCCCUCUUUUUAAUCCUGUAAUUUCAGCUCUAUGCCAAUAUGCAAUGUCGCUGAAAACAAUCCUCAUAUGUCGCUUAGUAAAUUUAGCGAUUCUGAAAGUGAAAACAAUCAUGCUCCUAAAAAAUUAGAGAAACUUUGUUCCUAUCAUACUUACAGUAAUGAAGAAAGUCUAAAAUCUCUUCUGGUCUAAUCUGAAAAGUUUUGGUAUUCAAAAAUUAUUUCAUCUAACAUAAUAAACAUUACACUCUUUAUUUUGACCUUUUAUUUACCUUACUUUUACUAUGAGAACUUUAUGUAAUUAGAUUAAUGAUUAUUUCUAGAGAAUCAGAUCCAUUAUAUUUCCCAGUUCUUCUGUUUUUAUUGAUUUUGGAAUUAUAUACUUAAUUCAUCAAAUUGCUUGGCUAAUUUCUGAAAAAUAAGCGAUUUUCAGUAUCAUUACUUAAUAUUGCAAUCUUAUUAACUUAUACACUUUGUCUUAAAGCCAACAAUAUAAUUUUAUUUACAAUAUUAUAUUUCCUAUUGUUCUAAAGAAAUUUGAAAUUUAUUUAAAAAAUGCUAAGUUUAAUCCUAUAUAUUAAUUAUUAGUAACACAUAUUUUUAUAAAUUAGGUAAAUUAUUAUUACAAAAUUGAUCAUUUUAAUAUUAUUCUAAAUACACUACUUUGCUUGUAUUUGGGGAGUAGAAUUAAAAAAGACAAAUUAAGAAGAUCUUAUUUAUACCGAAUGUUUUUAUAAAUCAUUUCUUAUGUUUUUUUUAAAAAUUGAUCAAUUAGAAAAUUAAAAUCAUUAUUUAAUAAUAACUCAUUUAAUUACUAGCAUAAUUAUACUAAUUUUUGUAUUUACAAUUUUUCAACAAUGUCAAUUACAAAUGUAAAAAUGCGAUCUCGCUUUAAAAACUUAUAGAUUAUUCUUAAAAUCCAAUAUGUUAGAAUUAAAAGUUAAAUUAAUCUUAUUUCAUUAUUCAGGACUCUUUUUAUUAAUAGAAAAUCAAAUGAAUAUUAAAGAUGAUAUAAAGAAAAAGUAUUUGCUUGAAUAUAUAAAAAUGAAGUUAAUAAGAUAAGAACUCAGUCAUUUAAAUUUUUUAUCAUAAUCUGCAUUAAAUUAAAUUAGUGUAAAAGGAGUUUUGGGACAGAAUUUGAAGUAAUAAGUAUAUUUAAUUGAUUAUAAAAAGAAUUAAUAAGCUGAAAUUAAUGGAUUAUACAUUAUAAUUGCUGGAAAUAUAGAUAUAGAAUUUAUGGGAAUGAAACUUUAAAUUGAUAAUAGGAAAAUUAUUAAUUUAUGUUUGAUUGAAAUGAUGAAUACUUAAUAAUAAGGUAGAAUUAGAUUUGAAUAAGUUGAUAUGAAUGACUUAUUAUAUUUUUAUAUCAAUCAAAAUUAAUUUAAUGAUUGUUUAUAAAAACAAUAAGAGAAAGUAAUUUUACAUUAUUAUCUUUAGGAGAAGUAUUAAAUGAUAAGGGAUGAUGUUAUCUUUAACAAUAAUACUUAGGAAUUAAAUAUUCAAUGUCAUUUUUGUAAUCUAUUUCAUCCAACUUUUAAUUGCAUUUGUUUCAAUGUAAAAAAAAGAUUCACAAAUGAAAAAAUAUAUUAAGAAAGAAGUCCAAUGUUUUAGAGGAAAAAUAACAAUAGAAUUAAAGCAGGCAUCUAUUAAUAAGUAUUUUAUAAUUGAAAUUUAGAUAACUCAUUAGGGAACUAAUAACAAUGCUGUAUUUGAUAUCAGUUCAGAUAGUUUCGAAGCCUUUUCUGAUUAUUCAAGUGAUAAAGUAAGUGUAUCAAAUUUACCUAUUCAUUUUGAAUAAAUUGGUAAGCAAACUUCAAUAACUCAGAUUCAUAAAGAUAUACUAUAAAUUGAUAUGAUUUCAGAUAAAAUUACUGAUCCUAUCAUAAGUAGUACUUUGAUUAAACAUUUAUAAGUUCCUGAAUAAUAACACAAACAUCAUUAAGGAAUCAGUUAGACUGGAUUUUAAGAUUUUGAUUCACUUCUUGAUAUUGACAAAAUUUGUGAAUAUCAAUAUUACAAAGCUAAUUUUAACUUAAAUAAUGUGCUAAUGAAAUUAAAUUAAUAGAAAUUUUGA